AAUCUGGUGCGCCUUUGCGCGGAGGACAUGAACUUGAACGCGUCACUCUCUCUCCAUUCCCUUACGCAUCAGCUGCACUCAGCAGCUCACAUGGUGCCCCAAUGAACCCUCGCCCUCACGCAUCGUCCAACAUACAAUGGAUUAACAGGAAAGACAUGAAUGUCCGCACAGAGGACGGCGUCAGCCUGUGCCAAAGGGCUCUCCAAAUAGUGACGGAGCUCUGCCUCGCGGGGCACGUCGACCGGGAAAAAUGCGCGGAUAUAUUUCCUCUGGAGAGCAACAUACCAGGUAAAGGAAGUUCAGACAUCUCUGUAAGUCUCCUAGCUGUGGUCGUAGGUUUCUGUGGGCUCGCCCUUUUGGUAGUCUCACUCUUUGUCUUUUGGAAGCUGUGCUGGCCCAUUUGGAGAAGCAAGGCGCUCUCGUCCAAUGCUGACCGCUGCCCGCCGGGGGUGCUGCCUGAGGCCCCCCCGGCCCAACCUCCACUGUCUCGUUCUGUUUCUCCUCAUCCUGAGACCAAGGCAAUUGCAAUGGUGGGAAGACAGCCAUCGCAAGUCCAGCAAGAGGAUGAGGACGACAAAAGGAGGAAGGUACCAGAAGUGAAGGUCAAUGGCCGCAGCUCGGUUAAGAUCCUGGAGGCGGCCAUGAAGAUCAGCCAGACGUCACCAGACAUCCCUGCUGAGGUGCAGCAGGCUCUGCGGGGGUGUCUUACCAAACAGGCCAAAAUCCAGAGGCAGACCACUGAACCUACCUCGUCCUCCAGGCACAAUUCUUUCCGCCGACACCUGCCGCGGCAGAUGAAUGUGACCAGUGUGGACUUCACCAUGGACACUCUACCCGUGCGUCAGUCUUCUACAGUCAGUAUCGGCCGCAUCAAACCUGAGCUGUACAAGCAGAAGUCUGUGGACUCUGAAGAAGGAAACAAGGAGCCGGUGGAGACUUGCGGAAAGCUAAGCUUUGCCCUCAGCUACGACUAUGAGGAACAAGCUCUUAUGGUUCGCAUUCUAAAGGCCCUGGAUCUGCCCGCCAAAGACUUCACAGGCACCUCCGACCCUUACGUGAAGAUCUACCUGCUUCCAGACCGCAAAAAGAAGUUUCAGACGAGGGUCCACCGCAAGACGCUCAACCCCACGUUCGACGAGGCGUUCAGCUUCCCUGUGGAGUACAGUGAGCUGUGCAAUCGCAAGUUGCACUUCAGCGUGUACGACUUUGACCGCUUUACAAGUCAUGACAUGAUUGGUGAGGUGGUGGUUGACAACCUGUUUGAGCUGUCUGACCUUUCCCGUGAAGCUGUGGUUUGGAAGGACAUCCUCGCAGCUACUACAGAGAGUGUGGAUCUGGGUGAAAUUAUGUACUCCCUUUGCUAUCUUCCCACGGCUGGACGCAUGACCCUCACCGUUAUCAAAUGUCGCAAUCUAAAAGCAAUGGACAUAACCGGCUACUCUGAUCCAUAUGUUAAAGUCUCCCUCAUAUGUGACGGUCGGAGACUGAAGAAGCGGAAGACAACCACCAAGAAGAACACACUCAACCCCAUCUAUAAUGAGGCCAUCAUUUUCGACAUCCCACCUGAGAAUGUGGAGCAGGUCAGCCUGUCAAUCACGGUGAUGGAUUACGACAGAGUUGGACACAAUGAAGUGAUAGGGGUGUGCAGGACAGGGCCGGAUGCGGAGGGUCUUGGAAGGGACCACUGGAACGAAAUGCUAGCUUAUCCACGCAAGCCCAUCACCCACUGGCAUGCACUUUGUGAGUGGCCAGGAAGAGCAUCCAGUUUUGAGAGUCAAGGAUCAUGUCCAUCCCCAAAACCCCCACUGACCCCAUAAUAUCCUGGAAUCCACACAAUCCUAACUGCAAAACACAUUUGGUUUGUAUAAUUAAUACGGUAUAUUUUUCUCUAGUCGUAGCCUGUAAUGUUGCAUUUUAAUUUGAAAAAAGGACUAAACAGUACUGGUAUUCCUGCUACAGACACAAUCAUGUAUCCAAAUCUCACAAUUUCUCUGACAUUUUGCUUUUACUGGUGCUGAGUUUAUGAGCUCCUAAAACAAUAGUUUUCAGGUCACUUUGAAGCUGACAGUGAAAGACAGUGAAAUUCGCUGACAGUGAAUGUGAAGCUUCUUGCUGUUUGACAGUAUAAUGAUGCUAUGACAUGUUACAGACACAUGAAAUGACAGUGCUUAUCAUUUCAUAUUCUUGAACGUUUCAGUUAUAUAUUCCCCAGUCUGGUGAAAAUAUUUGACACAUUUGAUGCAGUGUUAGGGGAGUGAAAAGAAGAGGUGUUUGAAUAUGAAAUCAAGACCUGUUUGGUAUGGAGAAACAAUCAUGUGAAAUCCUUUGCUUGUUAAUUGAUGCUUCUAAAGAAUCUUUAUUCGAAUAAAACUGUGGUAUACUGAUUUAAAGACAUUCAAAUUUAAUUGAAGUUAAUUAAAUUAUAUAUUAAUAAAUAUCUAAUGAUAUGCUCAUUGUACUCGAACGUCUCAAAUUUGUUAAAUAAAUGGAAAAGAAUCAAUUACUCAGCUGUAAUACUGCAUAUGGACACAGGAUAAGAAGGUAUUGACAUAAAAAAAAGAGAUACUGUACAUAAAGGCACUGAAAUCUAGCAGGCAAAUGUUUCAGGAGGUCACUAAAAGUUAACUUAAGAGUGGUCAUAAUGUGACACAAAUUUUUCUUCUUUUUUUCUUAGCUAGCAUGUGCUGAAAAUGAUGUUCAAAAGGGACUUACACAGUAGCCAAAGAUGUAGCGUGUUUUGUUGUUGUUUAGAAGGAUGGUUCUCUCAAGUCAAAGUAGAACAAACAUCAUAAUACAAUUUUUGAUUAUGCCCAAUAUUAUCAAUAUGCAAGAUAAUAUUCAUAUCAAUUCACAUUAAGAUUUUUUAAUCUUUUUAAAAAUAUGAAACACUUGCCAAACAUCAAAUUCUCAAAUCUAAAAUGAAUCAAUCAUCCCUCUUCCACUCCUGU